AUGAAGCGCUCUCGGAGCACGGAAAGCGGAGAUUCCAGCCAGCCACAACACGCACAGCAAGCUCCGUUGUUAUCUAGCCUGAAUGCACCAGUCUCUCCACCACAGACGAGAAAGAGCAUCGUCCUCACACGCAAAGAUCGACGAGAGGAAAAGCUGAGAUCGAAUUCAUCUCAGCAACAAGUCAUCCAUGACAUCGCAGCCAUCGAAGCAGGCCAGAUCGAAGUCACUGAUCAUCUGGGCAUUCUUUCAACUAGCUUAGGCCGUUGUGCUCGUCCAAUAUCCGAGUCACCAGAUGUUCCAAGAAUUCCAAUCGAUGAGUGGGCCAAUCUAUACCGCCGCAAUGCACAUUCAGAAGGACGUCACUUUGUAGUCCAUCAACACGACCAUCCUGUCGCAGGACCUCACUACGAUCUUCGACUUCAGUUCUCCGACACCAGCUCUGUGAGUUGGUCAAUUAUGUAUGGGUUACCAGGCGAUCCAAAUAGCGAAAGACUCAAUCGCAACGCAACCGAGACCCGGGUUCACUGCCUCUGGAAUCACCUUAUAGAGACUGCAUCCACCAAGACUGGUAGCAUGAUCAUCUGGGACACAGGGGAAUAUGAAAUAUUACCUUAUAAUGCGGAGUACUCUCAACCGGAGACCGAUGAUUCUCGUUCAGACGUUUCAGAUGACUCGAUCGAACCAGGAUCUAGAAUUCCUGACAGCGUGAAGCUUCGGGAAGCAUUUAAAAAUCGCAAAAUACGACUUCGGCUGCAUGGAACCCGACUUCCAAAAGACUACACAGUUCUUCUUCGCAUGGACAAAUCAACCAAUUAUGCCCGGCCUAUACGAAGAGGCCCCAAGCGUCGUAGGCGUGUCCUACAGUCAACACUGCCCGCACCUCUACCAUCUUCCUCGUCAGGGGGCUCUCCAUCUCCUCCCCCUGAUGAUCGAACCCACUCGACCCAUCCACCAGAGCAGGCAGCAACACGCGAGUCGGAAGCAGACCAGGCAAACCACUCCGAUGACGACAUCAAUCUCCAAAUCCAGAAAAACAAUGCGUACCCUGGAUCCUACAAUACCAUCGACUCCAUUCAUCAACGACGCUGGUACCUCAGCUUAGACCGCGAGAGUUCCGGCUUCGAACCCAAACGAUACCUGGAUGAAAAUAAGAGACCGAAGAAACAGUGGGUCCGGAGCGUCGGAGCCGGUCGGCGGCAAUCAGGAUUCGAACCUUUCUAUGUCCGCGGGCCCGAUGCCGAACAGAGUGUUGUGACGGGCCGCCGAGGCCAAGAUGUCCUGAGUGAUGAGAGUGUGCGAGACUUCAUGCCGAGAAAAGGGUGGAGACCGGUUUUGAACUGA